AGGCUCCCCACACUGUGCCCGGGCAUGCACAGGUGUGCAGCUUGCAGCCUCUCGGAGCCGCGAAGGUGGGACCACGGUCCCUCAGCGGGCCUUUGCUACCUGUUCAAGCUGAGUGGGGACUCCCCUGAGGUGGGCUGGGGGCAGUGGCUGGGCAUGGCGGGGUCUAGACCAGGCCUUUCCACCUGCUGUGGUCUGGGUGCGGUGCUGUGCCUCCGGCAGGCUUGGCAGCACCCUCAGUUGGGCUCCCUCAGGUCUGGUGGAGCCAGGUGCACCCCAGGGCAGCCCCUCCCUGCAGUCUGGCCUUGUCACCCUGGGCCAGGACCCCCCCGCCCUUCCCGGUUUACCUACGUUUCUACAUCAGUGCUGUAAGGGGCUUUUGUGGAGCCUCAGAGGAGGGCUCAGGACUCCUCCAAGGGCCGGACACUUGCCUUUGCUCAGUGGAGGACAGGGAGGACCCUGGGUACCCCUGGGUGGGAAGGUUAAAGCUGUGGACCCUGGCACCACUUCAGGGAAAGUGCCCAGCUCCCAUCUGGUGGCACCAAGAUACACAAGUCAGAAGUCACUGGGAGGGAGACACCCCAGGUUCAGUAAUCCCCUAUUGCUGGGCGGGGAAGCUGUGGAACCCCUGCUGCCUCAACUCCAGUGUGGCUCAGUGAGGGGAUUUCUGCCACGGAGGGAAACUGAAGCCGUGAACUGGACUUAAGGCUAGAAAUGCCGUCACUGGGGCAGUGCCUGGCUGAUCCAGCAUCCCCAGUCCAGGCUGCUGUGGGGCUGGAGUGGGUGAAGAAGGUGCCUGCAGUGAGGAGCCGGUUGGAAACGGCCAGCACCUUUCCUUUAGGCUCAGGAUCCCGGGGAGGAGGUGCUCUUCCCCUCUGCCAGGGUCGUUGCUCUGCUCUCUCCAGGGACUGAGUCUGGGGCGAGAGUCUGGCCUUGGCCAGUGGCAGCUGACGCGGACUGAACACCCGGCCGUCCAGGUCCAUGGUGGGGCCAUCCCCAGCCCCGCGGGCAGCUCUAGACCGGGGGCCGGAGCAGGAACCAGGGCUGUGCUGGGCACGGACUGCGCCAGGAUCCGGACUCAGCCUCCCCGGGUCUUCCUGGGCCUGGGGCCCUGGGGCCGCGCCAGCGCCGAGGAGGGUCUGCGGCUUCGAGAACUAGCCUCCUCCCCGCUUCCUGAAGGGAGCCCUUCAGCGCGGCCCCCACCCCCACGCACACACUCUGGUUGAGGCGCGGAGGGGAGAAGAGAGCGUCUUUCUCUCCUGCUCAAGCUGCGAGUGUGCGGCGCGCCAGGCCCGGGAUAAUUUUAACCCGCGGCUAGAGAGAACGCGCCGCCCGGCGUCUCUUUUUCUCCCUGGUGGGCUGGACGCGGCGGCGGCGGCGCGGGGCAGGGGGAAGAGGGGAGCUCUCACCCGCCCAGGUGGGCCCGGCUGAAUGGGGGGCUUGUGCGGGCGGGGGCGGGGAAGGGGAAGGGGCCGCCCACCUCCCUCCCAUCCACCUCCAGCCGGCCACAAUCUGCCGGCCCCGACGCCGCCGCCACCGCUCAGACAUCGCGCAGCCAUGGCCCAGGCGCCCGCGCUCGCCCCGCUCCUGCCCCGGCUCCUGCCCUCGUUCCUGCUCCUGCUCACGCAGCUCCUGGCGGCCGCUGGGGCACAGAAAGUGGGACUCCCAGGCCCCCCCGGCCCCCAAGGGCCACCCGGAAAGCCCGGCCAGGAUGGCAUCGAUGGAGAAGCUGGUCCUCCGGGUCUGCCUGGGCCCCCAGGACCAAAGGGGGCCCCAGGAAAGCUGGGGAAACCAGGAGAGGCUGGGCUGCCGGGACUGCCGGGUGUUGAUGGUCUCACUGGGAGAGAUGGACCCCCUGGACCCAAGGGUGCCCCUGGGGAACGGGGAAGUCUGGGACCCCCGGGGCCACCCGGGCUGGGGGGCAAAGGCCUUCCUGGACCCCCUGUGAAGGCAGGAGUGAGCGGCUCCCCAGGUGGGAUCGGCCUCCGAGGCCCCCCGGGACCUUCUGGGCUCCCUGGCCUUCCUGGCCCCCCAGGACUUCCCGGACCCCCUGGACACCCAGGAGUCCUCCCUGAAGGCGCUGCUGACCUCCAGUGCCCAAGUAUCUGCCCGCCAGGUCCCCCAGGGCCCCCAGGAAUGCCAGGGUUCAAGGGACCCACUGGCUAUAAAGGCGAGCAAGGGGAAGUAGGCAAGGACGGCGAGAAGGGUGACCCUGGCCCCCCUGGGCCUGCCGGCCUCCCGGGCAGCGUGGGGCUGCAGGGCCCCCGGGGAUUACGAGGACUGCCAGGGCCACUCGGGCCCCCUGGGGACCGGGGUCCCAUCGGGUUCCGAGGGCCGCCUGGGAUCCCAGGAGUGCCCGGGAAGGCGGGUGAUCGAGGCGAGAGGGGCCCAGAAGGGUUCCGUGGCCCCAAGGGUGACCUCGGCAGACCUGGUCCCAAGGGAACCCCCGGAGUAGCCGGGCCAAGUGGAGAGCCGGGCAUGCCAGGCAAGGAUGGCCGGAAUGGCGUGCCAGGACUUGAUGGCCAGAAGGGAGAGGCUGGUCGCAAUGGUGCUCCGGGAGAGAAGGGCCCCAACGGGUUGCCAGGCCUCCCCGGACGAGCAGGCUCCAAAGGCGAGAAGGGAGAACGGGGCAGAGCUGGGGAGCUGGGUGAGGCCGGCCCCUCGGGAGAGCCAGGUGUCCCUGGAGACGCUGGCAUGCCUGGGGAACGCGGUGAGGCUGGCCACAGGGGCUCAGCGGGGGCCCUUGGCCCACAAGGCCCUCCCGGAGCCCCUGGUGUCCGAGGCUUCCAGGGCCGGAAGGGCAGCAUGGGAGACCCUGGCCUUCCAGGCCCCCAGGGCCCGGGUGACAUGGGUGACCGGGGUCCUGGAGGCGCUGCAGGACCUAAGGGAGACCAGGGCAUUGCAGGUUCCGACGGUCUUCCUGGGGAUAAAGGAGAACCGGGUCCUAGCGGCCUGGUCGGACCCAAAGGAGAGUCUGGCAGUCGAGGGGAGCUGGGCCCCAAAGGCAUCCAGGGUCCCAACGGCACCAGCGGUGUUGAGGGUGUCCCUGGCCCCCCUGGUCCUCUGGGCCUCCAGGGCAUCCCAGGUGUUCCUGGCAUCACAGGGAAGCCGGGCGUUCCGGGGAAGGAGGCCAGUGAGCAGCGCAUCAGGGAGCUGUGUGGGGGGAUGAUCAGCGAACAAAUUGCACAGUUAGCCGCGCACCUAAGGAAGCCUUUGGCACCGGGGUCCAUUGGCCGGCCCGGUCCAGCUGGGCCCCCUGGGCCCCCAGGGCCUCCGGGCUCGAUUGGUCACCCUGGCGCUCGAGGACCCCCCGGAUACCGCGGUCCCACUGGGGAGCUGGGAGACCCCGGGCCCAGAGGAAACCAGGGUGACAGAGGGGACAAAGGCGCAGCGGGAGCAGGACUGGACGGACCUGACGGAGACCAGGGGCCCCAAGGACCCCAAGGCGUGCCCGGCAGCAGCAAGGACGGCCAGGACGGUGCUCCUGGUGAGCCUGGGCCUCGGGAUCCGGGGCUUCCAGGCACCAUCGGAGCCCAGGGGACUCCGGGGAUCUGUGACACCUCAGCCUGCCAAGGAGCCGAUGGAGGGGUCAGGGAAAAAUCUGGCUCUAGAAGCUCAUAAAUCCAUCGGAAGGAAGCAAGCAAGUGACGAGGACGCCUGACAAAGCAGAGUGGUCACGAAGGAGCGGGCGGUGUGGCAGGCUGGCCAUGUCCAGGAGAGCGGGCUGCUGCCCGAGAGAUACCUCAAGAGGCCACAGCUAAUCAAUCUGUAAGCCCAGCAUUUGAGAGAAGGCAGAGUGUAUACAUAAAACGUUUUGUACAAUUCCAUGAGAUGAAACAUCUUCAGUAACUUGUUUACAUAGCAUUUGCUUAAAGACUAUGAUCUCAUCCCAAUAAAACGAUACAUUAAAUCUUCA